AUGAAAAUCGGAUCCCAUGUCACGUCUGUUCUUGUCAGUAUACAGGCCAGCCAGCACGAAGACCCGUUGAUCCAAUCCGCCACCGGUACCUUGGAGAAGGGCCACGAAUUCAACUUCGCAGGCACGCGGAUAAUGACGCAGGUGGGCAAUGAGACGGCGCGAGAACUGCUGGCGGUCAGGGCCUUUCUUAACAACUCCAUAAACAGACACGUCGACAUACCCUCUGUUGUGAUGCUUCACGCUCGUGAGACCAAAUGGCGCGACCCAGUUCCCAUCUAA